AUGUCUAGGGGAAGGGGCGCAGGGAGCCAGGCUGCCUGGGAGGUGGCGUUGUUCGUCCCCAACAUAAUAGGUUACAUGCGGCUCGUGCUGCUGUUAGCUGCAGCAUUCACAGCAGAUAAUUUCCUUUGGUUUAUGCUCUUAUACGGGGCGUCUCAGCUGCUAGAUAUAGCGGAUGGGCACGCAGCACGAACCUUGCAGCAAGUUUCAGUGUUCGGUGCCUGCUUUGACCAGCUGGUGGACCGCCUGUCAACGUGCCUUCUGUACACACUCAAUGCCAUUGCUUACCCUCGCUAUGGUGGAGGUUUCUUCCUGCUGCUGCUCACAGACAUGGGAGGCCACUGGCUGCACUUCUUUGCAGCGACGGCCGUAGGGGCUUCCUCACACAAGCGAGUAGACGAGGCUCCCUGGAUUCUACAGCAAUACUACACCCGGAAAGGUCCUGAUUACUGCUUUUCAUCUUUUCACACGUUGGUCACAAAUGCGUUGCAAGGGUGGUACGGAGCUUGGCGCCUCGCCUGCCUUCCCUGCCCCGCUGCGUCCUCUUGA